AUGGCCUCGUCUCGUAGCUUAGCCCUAGUAGCGCUCCUCUACAGCCUCCUCUCGUGCUAUGCAUUCGUUGCUUCCCUAGCUUCCUCUGACGGCUUCCUCCAAUGCCUCUCAGCGGCCAUACCCAAGCAGCUCCUGUACACGCAGAGCUCGCCUUCGUUCACACCGGUCCUGGUUUCCUCCGUCCGCAACCCCAGGUUGUUCACCCCAACGACGGUGAGGCCGCUGGUCAUCAUCACGCCGACGAUCGCCUCCCACGUACAGUCUGCCGUGAUCUGCGGACGCCACCACGUCGUGCGCAUCCGCGUGCGCAGCGGCGGCCAUGACUACGAGGGCCUCUCGUAUCGCUCAGAGCGCUCUGAGGUGUUCGCGGUGGUCGACCUCAACAUGAUGCGGUCGGUGCACGUUAACCAGGGAGCCGGCACUGCGUCGAUUGAUUCCGGCGCGACCCUCGGGGAGGUCUACUACGCCAUCUCCAAGGUGAGCAAGGAGCUGGCAUUCGCGGCGGGCUUGUGCCCCACGAUCGGCGUCGGUGGCCAUCUCAGCGGUGGCGGGUUUGGGAUGCUACUGCGCAAGUACGGCGCCGCCAUCGAUAGCGUCCUGGACGCCACGCUGGUGGACGCCGAGGGGAGGCUGCUUGACAAGAAGGCCAUGGGUAAGGACGUCUUCUGGGCCAUCCGAGGAGGCGGCGGUGAGAGCUUCGGCAUCGUGCUGUCCUGGAAAGUGAAGCUCGUGCCGGUCCCACCCAAAGUGACAAUGUUCAAACUCCGGAAGACAAUCGACGAGGGUGUCGUAGACAUCCUCACCAAAUGGCAAGUACUCGCACCAGCUCUCCCUGAAGACCUGUUCAUCCGGGUGGUCAUGCAGAAAGGCGAGGCUGAGUUCCAGUCCAUGUACCUUGGUACGUGUGACAAGCUCCUGCCAUUGAUGGGAAGCCGCUUCCCGGAGCUCGGCCUCAACCAGGCACAUUGCAAGGAGAUGACCUGGAUCCAGUCUGUGCCCUACAUCUACUUGGGCAACACCGCCACCGUCGAGGAUAUCCUGAAUAGGACCACCUCACUAGACACCUUCAACAAGGCGACCUCUGACUACGUCCGCCAGGCAAUCCCUAAGGACGGGUGGGUCAAAAUAUUUGCCUUCCUCGCAAAGCCGAACGCCGGGAUCAUGAUCACCGACCCCUACGGCGGGAAGAUCAGCAGCUUACCAGAGUCGGCGACACCAUUCCCCCACCGUGGGGGCGUGCUGUUCAACAUCCAGUACAUGAAUUUCUGGUCGGCUGCCACAGACGGAUCGGCGCAGACCAAGUGGCUCAAAGACUUCUACGCGUUCAUGGGGCCGUAUGUGAGCAACAACCCGAGGCAAGCCUACGUGAACUACAGGGACCUUGACCUGGGCGAGAAUGUCGUCGUGGGCAAUGUCACCAGCUACAAGGCUGCAAAAGUUUGGGGCGAAAAGUACUACAAGAGUAACUUCAACAGGCUCGCCUUCGCCAAGGGCAAGAUUGAUCCUGAUGACUACUUCAGGAACGAGCAGAGCAUCCCACCAAUGGUGGCGAGAAAGUGA